CUGCCGCGUCCCGCCGGGCGCCCCGCGCUGGGACACGACCAUGGCUCCUCCGGGGAGAGCUGGCGCUGCUGCCACCGCCGUACCGUGAGGGGAGCGCCGCGGGACGCCGUCCGCUCCUCCGUCCGUGUGACCCUCCCCCCCCGCCCUCCCAGCGCCCCGGAGAAGUUGACGCCGCUGGCGGGGCAAUGGCAGAGGCUGCCGGCGGCAGAGAGCAGCCCGCGGCGGGCCGUGCCCCUGCCGACGCCGCGCACCGUGCCGAGGAGGAGCCCGAGCCGGCUUCGCUGGACGCCCCGGCGGGGGCCGCGGGCAGGAGGCGAGAGCGCCGCAGCGGCGUCUCGGCCGUCGGCACCGCCGAGCGCUUCCCCGGCGGCAGCCUGGGGCCGGCGGCAGCGCCCGACCCCGACGCCUGCCUGCUGGAGGCGGCCAAGGCCACCCCGCGGAGGAGCAGCAUCAUCAAGGAUCCUUCAAACCAAAAAUGUGGAAGAAAGAAAACAGUGUCCUUCAGCAGCAUGCCAUCAGAGAAGAAAAUAAGCAGUGCCAGCGACUGUAUCAGCUUUAUGCAGGCUGGGUGUGAACUGAAGAAAGUUCGUCCAAAUUCCCGGAUUUAUAACCGUUUUUUUACUCUGGAUCCUGACCUGCAGGCUCUUCGUUGGGAGCCUUCCAAGAAGGAUCUUGACAAAGCCAAGCUUGAUAUUUCUGCUAUAAAAGAAAUCAGACUAGGGAAGAACACAGAAACGUUCAGGAAUAAUGGACUUGCGGAUCAGAUUUCUGAGGACUGUGCGCUGUCGGUAAUUCAUGGUGAGAACUAUGAGUCCCUUGACUUGGUUGCCAAUUCAGCUGAUGUGGCCAAUAUUUGGGUAUCAGGAUUAAGGUACUUGGUUUCUCGUAGCAAACAACCCCUGGACUUGAUGGAAAGCAGCCACGAUACCCCACGGUUUGCCUGGCUAAAAACUGUAUUUGAUGCAGCAGAUGUUGAUGGCAAUGGCAUAAUGUUAGAAGAUAUGUCUGUGGAGCUAAUAAAGAAGCUUAACCCCACCUUAAAAGAGUCAAAGAUUAGAUUAAAAUUUAAGGAAAUUCAGAAGAGCAAAGAGAAAUUAACAACACGAGUAACGAGAGAGGAAUUUUGUGAAGCAUUCAGUGAACUUUGCACAAGACCUGAAGUGUAUUUUUUACUUGUGCAGAUAUCCAAAAACAAAGAGUACCUGGAUGCCAAUGACCUCAUGCUGUUUUUAGAGGCUGAGCAAGGAGUGACCCACAUAACAGAAGAAAUGUGUCUAGAUAUUAUACGUAGGUAUGAGCUUUCUGAAGAAGGGCGGUUGAAAGGUUUUCUUGCAAUUGAUGGAUUUACUCAAUACUUGUUGUCCCCAGAAUGUGAUAUUUUUGACCCAGAGCACAAAAAAAUUGUCCAAGACAUGACACAGCCUUUGUCACAUUACUACAUCAAUGCAUCCCACAAUACAUAUCUAAUAGAAGACCAGCUCAGAGGGCCAGCUGAUAUCAAUGGUUAUGUCAGGGCUUUAAAGAUGAGUUGUCGGAGUAUUGAACUAGACGUCUGUGACGGCCCAGAUAACGAACCCAUUAUUUGUAACCGCAACAACAUGACAUCUCCACUUGCCUUUCGAAAUGUUAUUGAGGUAAUAAACAAAUUGGCCUUCUUUGCUUCAGAAUACCCACUUAUUCUCUGCUUGGGGAACCAUUGCUCUGUGCAACAGCAGAAGGUAGUGGUACAACACAUGAAAAGAAUCUUUGGAAGCAAACUGUACACAGAGGCACCUUUAUCCUCAGAAGUCUACCUCCCAUCACCUGAGAAACUGAAAAUGAAGAUCAUCGUGAAGGGGAAGAAACUGCCCCGCGACCAGGACAUAUUAGAAGGAGAAGUCACGGAUGAAGAUGAAGAGGCUGAAAUAUCCCGAAGACUGUCAGAAGACUUCUCAAGGGAACCAAAGCUGAUCUGGCUCUGCAGGGAAUUGUCUGAUUUGGUGUCCCUAUGCAAAUCUGUCCAAUACAAAGACUUUGAGACAUCCAUGAAAUUUCAAAAUUAUUGGGAAAUGUGCUCCUUCAGUGAGGCAGAAGCCAGUCGGAUUGCAAAUGAAUACCCUGAAGAUUUUGUCAACUACAACAAAAAGUUUCUGUCCAGGGUGUACCCGAGUGCUAUGAGGAUAGACUCCAGUAACUUAAAUCCUCAAGAUUUUUGGAAUUGUGGUUGCCAGAUAGUGGCAAUGAACUAUCAGACCCCGGGGCCCAUGAUGGACCUACACACUGGUUGGUUCCUACAGAAUGGGGGAUGUGGGUACGUUCUCAGGCCUUCAGUGAUGCGUGAUGAAGUGUCUUACUUCAGUGCAAAUACCAAGGGUAUUGUGCCAGGGGUCUCUCCUCAGGUCCUCCAUGUCAAAAUAAUCAGUGGUCAGAAUUUUCCAAAGCCCAAGGGUGCAUGUGCAAAAGGGGAUGUUAUAGACCCCUAUGUUUGCAUAGAAAUACAUGGGAUUCCUGCAGACUGCACCGAACAAAGAACUAAAACUGUUCAACAAAACAGUGAUAACCCCAUUUUUGAUGAAAGCUUUGAGUUCCAGAUCAAUCUGCCGGAACUGGCCAUGAUCCGCUUUGUUGUUUUGGAUGAUGACUACAUUGGGGAUGAGUUCAUAGGACAGUAUACCAUCCCUCUGGAGUGCUUACAGCCUGGGUACAGGCACAUACCACUGCGCUCUUUUGUUGGUGAUAUCAUGGAGCACGUUACCCUCUUUGUUCACAUUGCCAUAACCAACCGCAGUGGAGGCGGGAAGGCACAGAAGCGCAGCCUCUCGGUGAGGAUAGGGAAGAAAGCAAGGGAAUACACCAUGCUGAGGAACACUGGUCUCAAGACUAUCGAUGACAUCUUUAAGCUGGCAGUGCAUCCACUGCGAGAGGCUACUGACAUGAGAGAAAAUAUGCAGAAUGCCAUGGUGUCUGUGAAGGAGCUGUGCGGGCUGCCGCCCAUCGCGAGCCUGAAGCAGUGCAUCCUCACCCUGUCCUCCCGGCUCGUGAGCAGCGACAGCUCGCCCUCCGUCACCCUCUGCAUGAAGGACACCUUUCCUUACCUGGAGCCUCUGGGGACCGUGCCCGAUGUGCAGAAAAAGGUCCUGGCAGCGUAUGACCUGAUGAUUCAAGAGAGCAGGGUUCUUAUCGAGACGGCAGACAUCACUCAUGACAAGAUUGUUCAGUGCCAGAAAGCAGGAAUGGAAUUCCAUGAAGAGCUUCAUAACCUUGGGACAAAGGAAGGUUUGAAAGGAAGAAAAUUAAGCAAAGCCAUUGAGAGUUUUGCAUGGAAUAUCACAGUGCUGAAGGGCCAAGGAGAUCUCCUGAAGAACGCCAAGAAUGAAGCCCUGGAGAACAUGAAGCAGAUCCAGCUGGCGUGCCUGUCGUGCGGACUGAGCAAAACUGGAAGCGGGCACGCGGAUGCCAAGUCAAAGCGGUGCCUGGAGGCAAUACAGGAGAAGGAUACCGGAGAUGAGAACGGGAGGCUGUGAGGGGAGGCAGAGCUGUUGCAUUUGUCACAGAUUUCAAUAACUCUAAACUAUUUUUUUAAAGCAUUUAAAAAUUCACACGGGAGUGCCCUCUACAGGGGGUGAUAGUAUUAAAAUCCUCACAGUGUCAGUAUUUUAAUGCAGUAAUUUAUCUAAGGUAGUGAGAUUUCUAAUGAAGCCAAGCUGUCUGUAUGCAAGUGUGUGCGUGCGCACAUGCGAAUCCUGUAGACGCCGUUUCAUGCAUUGCAUUAGCCAUUUGCUAAUUUAUUCCUUUGUCAUCUUUGAAUAGGCCUGUUCAUUCUGAAGAUCAAAACAAAUCGAGAGCACUUGUGUCAGUUCCGGGCUUUGUUUUGCUCUCCAGCCUUUUAUCAUUUAACUUACAGGCUACAUUACUGUUAAACUGUUCAAACAAACAAACAGAAUACAACAAAUGUCACUGACAGCUGUUUUUGUGAGGACAAAACUGGUGAUUUACUGCAGACCCUGAAGGUGAUUUUUAAUGAACAACUACAACCAAGUAAAUGGGAUUAUCAAAUGGUCACAGUUGCUAGGUAGAUUAUCGGUAGAUUUGAGAUGUAUCUUUUGCUGAAUUUUAGCAAACUGCUCUUCAGGGUACACCCAGAUAGCACAUACUAAUGUAAGAACUAGCUGAUUUAUUUCAUUCCAGCAAAACAUUGCCACCUUGUAGAUCUGCAGGACAGUUGCAGUCUUUGCUGAUAGGCAUUAACUUAAGUAGUAAUGAACAUAGCUAGUCAGCCCUGUAGUUAUGAGGAGAGCUGUGAACACCCUUUAGUGGUCAUGAACUCUGAAAGCGAGCUUCAGACCAUCCUGAAACACCCAGUGGUGCCAGUACUGUAAGGAAAGUUUUCCAGAUUUCACAAAAUGUGAGCUUUAGUGCAAGAGGUGUGAGAGGUCAGACGUUGCUUGCCGCCUUCUGCGUAGAUGUUGAAGUCAGUUGGAUGAAGCAAGCAGGAUCUGCCCUUACGUUUUUGUGGUUGAGAAUCGUGCUGGGCUAGAAAUUUAAAGCAGGGUCCAGAACUGCUACAGGUGUAGUGUGGAGAAAUAGCUUGGGGAAAAACAGGGUACCAGCGUUUUUGUGCAGCAGUUACAAAUAUCCUGACUCCUGUCCUAUGCUUAGGGUAGUUCUGAGAUUUGGCUGCCUCUUAGUGCCACUGUAGAAAGGAGACGGAGAAUGUCACGAAGCAAUGCAUCCUCAUCCCUCCCGGUGUCCAGCUCAUGUAUGCUCACAAUAUUCAUUUCAAUCAUUUAAGUACUGUGCUUGAGUGUUAGUAUUUGUGUUACCUUUAACAGGACUAAGUAUUUUAUGGUUAUAAAAAAGACUAUAUUUAUUUAAAGCAUUGCUUUUAUUUUUAAAAGCUACUUUUUAAAUUAAUUUGAUUAACAAAUAUGCUAAUUUUCUGAACUUAACAAAAAGUAAUUGCUGAAAGUUUGAUCAUUGGAAAAUCUUAUAUAGCUAUUGUGUUAAGUUAUUUUUGACUUCUUAAUAACACUAUUAUGUUCAUGUUGCACAUUACUGAGAGAGUAAAGCUAUGAAACAACUUUGACCCAUGUUUUUACAGUGAUUUAACAUAGAAGGUAAACAGUGAUCCUGGAUAAAGGUGGGUUAGAGUGGGUAAGUUGCUUGAGAGAAGGUCUUGCCCUAACAGGAACUGUGUUAUUGCAAAGGUUAUAACUCAGAUGCCUUAAAUACCAUUUUAGUAAAAUUUGCCAUACUUAUUCAGAUCCAGCCCUAAAUCCUCUGUUUAUUUCUCCGUUAUGAGUGUAUUCAGACUUCACUGAGGUCUGGGGGAGUGUCUUUUGUGUUUCAGGCAAGGCGUAAAGCCAGAUCAGUGGUAUGAGUGUGCACAUUCACAUUUUGCUCUCUUGGGUUACCUUCUCAAUUUCAUCAUGGGUUGUAUUUAUAUAAAAACAAUGCUUGGCCUUCAGUAUUUACAGUUAGGGAGGAUGGAAACUGUUAACCCAGCAACACCAGUUGCAAAGGAUCAGCCUUUGGAAAGCAUCUCUCGGAACAGAGAGGUGGCUCGCCUCUUGGUGCUUCAUUUAAACCUAGAAAUGACUUGAUUUUCUCAAUCUAAAAGGAUAUCCUGAUGUCUACAGGAACUGCUGGCAAAAUACCUUCUAGUCUUCCUGCAUUCUCUGAUGUUAUGAACAAAUGAACAUAAAAUUAAAUA